AAGGAAUUUAGCGUGGAGACCUUCGUGGUUCAAGCCGACUUCAGGAAGCUGGACAUCUACGAGGGGAUAAAGGAGAAGCUGGCGGGCCUGGACGUCGGGGUCCUCGUGAACAACGUGGGGAUGACAACGGAUAUUCAGUCAUUCCUGGAUGUCCCCGAGGGAGAGAAGGCGUACCAGGACUUGAUCCUUGUCAACAACAUGUCCCUGGUCCGAAUGACCCACAUGGUCCUCCCUGGGAUGGUCGAGAAGAGAAAGGGGAUCAUCAUCAAUGUCUCCUCCCUUUCUGCCGUCUCCCCGAUUCCUCUCAUUGCAACCUACGCCGCAACAAAAAGGCCUUUGUUGACAGCUUCUCUCGGAGUCUUGCCUGGGAAUACAAAAGAAAAGGAAUUCAUGUCCACCUCGUCGGCCCUGGCUUCUAAUUUGGUUCGUAGGUUCGUGUACACGAAUAUAACUGAUGAAUUGUUGGAUCGGCCGGGUUUGGGAGCACCGACUCCGGAUACCUUCGUCAGAUCCGAUCUGCGCUCCAUCACCAAAAUCCAAGUUACCUCUGGUUAUUGGCUUCAUAACCUCCAGAGAGAUGCUGCCUGUUUCGUGAAUUACGUUUCGCCCACAUUGGCAACGAGUCUGGGCUGGUGGGGCAUGAAAUUCGUCCUGGAAAAGUCCAAGCAGAGAACGGAGAAACGCAAGAAACAAUGACGGGAUUCCCCGACGAUGCAGUCCUUUCAUUGGGCGCCGCUUUUCCCGGGCUUGUACACGACUGGGAUCUUGUUUGGCAGGGGUCGUCAUUCAACGGAGGAAUGUAGUAGAAUGAAUU